AUGUGGAACGGGCUGCCAUGUGCACCUGGCUCUUUCCCACAUCAUCCCACGACAUUCCCGACUCCCCUGGGAACAGGAAAACACGUGCAGAGCCCUGUUCUCACAGUAGGGUGUUACUGGAAUGCCAUUCCAUCACAAGCAGAGGGUGCCCCCAGCCCCGGGCAGCCCCCGGGGAGGCAGCGCCGCGCCGCCAACCUGCGCGAGAGGAGGAGGAUGCUGGGCAUCAACGCGGCCUUCGAGCGCCUGCGGGGCCACGUGCCCACCUUCCCCUACGAGAGGCGCCUGUCCAAGAUCGACACGCUGCGCCUGGCCAUCGCCUACAUCGCGCUGCUCGGGGACGUCCUGCUGUCCGGCUGCCACCCCAGGGCCUUCGUGGAGCGGUGCCUGAGCCAGGGCUGGCACGGCCGGGCGCCGGCAGCCUGGAACACCAGCGAUCUCACAGCCCGCCUGUCCUGGGUGAAGUGGGACUAAGGGCACCCAAAAGGAAGACCUUUGAAGGCAGCAGAUUGCAGACCCUGACGAGGACCUGCCCGCUGGGUCCCGGCUGCUCCGCUCUCGGGGCUGCAAGCACAGCCAGUCCUCGGCUGUAAAACAGCAGAUUGCAAAUAAAACCCUG